GGCCUGGGCGGAUGUCUCCGGCGCGUUCGUGCACGGGGCUGAGGGCCGCGGUGGCUGCCAGCAUGGGGUUGAGCGAGGGUCCGGCGGGCUCCGCCCGGAGCGGGCGCCUUCUCCGUCCGCCGAGCCCCGCUCCGGCGGCGCCGGGGGCCCGGCUGUUCCGGCUCCCGGGGAGCGGGGCCGUGCGGGCCGCAAACCCGGAGCGCGCCGGCUGGACCGAGGCGCUGCGGGCCGCCGUGGCCGAGCUGCGCGCCGGCGCCGUGGUGGCCGUCCCCACCGAUACGCUGUACGGCCUGGCCUGCUCGGCGAGCUGCUCGGAGGCACUGGGCGUCGUGUACCGCGUCAAGGGCCGCAGCGAGACCAAGCCGCUGGCCGUGUGCCUGGGCCGCGUGGCCGACGUCUACAGGUACUGCCGUGUGAGAGUACCUGAGGGGCUCCUGAAUGACCUGCUGCCAGGACCAGUGACCCUGGUGAUGGAACGCUCGGAGGAGCUCAACAAGGACCUGAACCCCUUCACUCCUCUUGUAGGCAUCCGGAUUCCUGACCAUGCCUUCAUGCAGGACUUGGCCCAGCUGUUUGGGGGACCUCUUGCUCUCACCAGCGCCAACCUCAGCUCCCAGGCCAGCUCUCUGAAUGUUGAGGAAUUUCAGGACCUCUGGCCUCGCUUGUCCUUGGUCAUUGAUGGGGGACCAAUUGGGGACGGCCAGAGCCCUGAGUGUCGACUAGGCUCAACUGUGGUUGACUUGUCUGUGCCUGGAGAGUUUGGCAUCAUUCGUCCGGGUUGGGCCGGAUGCUGGUGUCAAUGUAGCCAGGCCCCACGCUGGGAAUGAACAUGAGGUUGUUGGCAUCGCAAAAGUUCUUCACAGCCUUCCAGUUCUGAUGGGAGGAGCCGAAGGAGAAACCAUUGGAGGCAAAGUAGGUGUACAUGCCAUCAAAUCCGGCGGCCAGGAUGUCAUGGGUGUGGCCCUCCUCCACCAGCAGCGCUAUGAAGACCCCAUCGUAGGGGGUGUUGCGGAUUGAGUGGGGCCCGUUCGGUGUCAGGAGGUGGGCCCAGGCCUCAGGGGAUGUCAGGUAGGAGUCAUAGAUAUAAAAGAGUGGGAGGCUCUUACCCAUGCUGUUCUUAUAGCGGUAAAAUGCACCAUGGGAGCCAUACCUGAGGAGCAGGAGGAAGAAAAGGCUGAGCCAGCAGCCUAAGAGAAAAGAAGCCAGCACAGCCGGAGGGCUGGCCAUGAAUGAGAUCUUUCCUGAUGUCCAAGCACGAUUUUGAAUCCAGUUGGACUCCACAGUUGGACUCAUCAUGCCUCUAAGCAAGAACCCAGUUCCCUCCCACCCUCCCCCGAGCCUUGUCAUUCCUCUAUUUAAGCCUCACUUCCCUGCCCCAGGCCAAGCCACCACCAUCUUCUAUCUGGACUGUACCGACAGCCACCUAACUGGUUUCCAGGCUCCCACUUCCACCUCCCUAUAACCCAGUCUCUUUUUAAAGUGUAAAUCAGAUCUGACUGCUCCUUACUGAGACCAGCAAGGCCCCACCUACUUAAUCUGGCCCUGCCCACCGCCAUUCCUGCUAUUACCCCAACUAUCGCUUCACUCCGGCUACACGGGCUGCUGUCAAGCUUGUCCCAUCAGACGGCCUUUGGAUCUGACAGCCCUCUGCCUGGAGUUUUCUGCCUGCCCCAGAUCUCUGCAGAGCUGACUCUUCCUUUAGGUGCAGGCUUCCGUGUCAUCUCAGAGCAGCUCACUGGACCACCCAUUCUAAAGUUGUUUCUUGGGCACGCUCUUAACAACACCCUGCUUUCUUCUGUUACUACUUCUUCAUAGUAUGGAUCGCUAUUUGAUUUGUCGUCUAUAACCACUAUCUGCUCACUGCACGCCCACCCUAGGAUGUAAACUUUGCUAGCCCUACCCACUGCUGUACAACUGGGACUUAGGACAGUGCCCGGACACCUGAAGGCACUCAAUAAAUAUUUUUUGAACGAAUGAA